UGUGCAUAUAUCCAGUUACUUAAUGAAUACAUGUUUAUUUUCUUUCGUUUAUUCAGAACUUGUUAUCUCUCAGACUUAACAGAGAAACAGCAAAGGAGAAAAAAGAAAAGCAAAUGGGAAUUAUCAACCACCGUUGGGAUGAGAUUUAUUUUCAACCACUAUGGAUCACUUUGUGGUUGUUUCCUUUGCACUGAAUAUCACUAAAGCCCCAACCAUUUUGAAUAUUAUUUGGCUUUCCCCUCUAUGACUUGGAAAGAAAAUGACAAAUGAGACCACCGUGACUGAAUGUAUUCUCAAGGGCUUCUCAAACGUGCCUGAAAUGACUCUUAUUAGCACUGCACUCUUCCUUUUCAUCUACCUUUUUGCCCUUGUGGGGAACAUGUCCAUCAACCUAGCUGUGGCCAGAAACAUCCGCCUCCAUACUCCCAUGUACUUCUUCCUGCAGAAUCUGUCUUUCUUGGACAUGUGCUACACCUCAGUCACUGUCCCGAAGGCACUUAUCAAUUCACUUAUGGGCUUCAAAGUCAUUUCCUUUUGGGAAUGUGUGGCUCAGCUCUAUAUAUUUGUAAUGCUGUGUGCCUCUGAGUGCUUCUUACUCACAUACAUGGCAUAUGACCGUUGUUUAGCCAUCUACAAGCCUCUUAUCUAUGGUUUCAUUAUGAGCAGAAAGCUGUGUACAGAGCUUGUCAUUGUGGCCUGGUUAAGUGGAGCUCUCUAUGCCAUCUUUCACACUAUCAACACCUUCUCUCUACUAUUCUGUGGGCCCAAUGUCAUUGACCAUUUCUUCUGUGACUGCUCUCCCAUUAUGAGACUGUCUUGCAGUGACUCCCAUGUCAAUCAAGAAGUUGGAUUCGCAGUUGGGGGGUGUAUCAUUCUCAGUGCUUUUGCCCUCACCAUAAUCUCCUAUGUUCUCAUCAUCUCUACCAUUGCUCAAAUCCACUCUGCUGGUGGCCGUCAAAAGGCUUUCUCCACCUGUUCCUCUCACCUGGCCACUGUCAUUCUGUUUUAUGUCACUGGGAGCUUUGCUUACCUCACACCCACUUCCCAGUACUCUCCCACUCAAGGACGGUUAGUGUCUGUGUUUUACUCCAUCCUCACACCCAGCCUAAAUCCCAUCGUCUACUGUCUGAGAAACAAAGACAUGCAGAUGGCCCUGAAAAAGCUGUUUUUCUAUCCAAGUAGACAUGUUUUCUUGUAUUGACUAUAUUGCUGUGAACAUUUUUCCACAUUGACUAUGUGCAUGUUUAGGAAGGCAGCUUACUCGUUGGCAGAAAGGGAUCACAGAUUUCACUCUUGAUAAAACGGCAAAUUAAGAAAAGAAUAAUUUCUGAGGCCUCCGUUCUGUUCCGU